UAGCACCGUUUCAGGCCUUCCUUGUCAAUUUCGACUUCAAAUCGCAACAUUGCAUGGGGGAAAGGGGGAUAAGCCUUACAAAAUCAUGAUGGCACGUUUUAUUUUGCAAGAGAUUGUAUUUCAACAAUAAAUCUGCACAUACUAUGUCAAGUACUGUAGGUGUGGAAAGUUAUGACGCUGGACACGUUUUAUCUAGAACGCUUGUGAAUGACAUCAUUUGCGUACAUCAACACGUUUCGAAGGUUAUGUAAUGAACCAAAAAAAGAAAUAAAAUAAUAUAUAAGCUUGAACAUUAUUACUAUAGGACUUGAACAAUCCUACUUUAAAAGAUAAAUAUUAAAGGAAUAAUUCAGUAUGGCUAUUGGCCACAAGACAAAGGCUCUGGUGUACUAUUUAUCGAAGUUUCAAGGGCUUUCCAUUCGGCAAGUAGCAAGAGAAUGUAAUGUUUCUCGGGCAACUGUGUGGAGGAUUAGCAAAGUGGAUAUGAGCAGUAACGGAUGUAAGAAAACACGCAGAGAGACCAGAGGUAGACCAAGAAAACUAAAUAAACGCCAGGAACGGAAGUCUACGACGAUCGAUCCAGAUCCUAAGAGAGCAAGAGGGUAAUUUCACUAUCAAGAGACUGAUGGAGAACGCGUGCAUUUGUAGAAAAGACGUUUCAGAGAGUACAAUUUCACGUUUCCUAAAUAAAGAGGGCUAUUAUUAUCUACCAGCUCGGAAGAAAGGUCUGUUAACGAAGGCUGAUAUGAAAAAGAGGAGAACUUUUGCACGGAGAAUGCAAAAUGAAUAUUCUCACGACGUGUGGACUCAGGAUAUUGCGUUUUACCUCGACGGAACGGGAUUUGCGUAUAAGAGAAAUCCCUUGGAUCAAGCCUUGGCACCCAAAGGCAGAGUAUGGCGCAAGAGAAGCGAAGGACUAACGCCAGGAUGUACUGCGAAGGGACAAAAGACAGGAACUGGUGGUCGAGUGGUAAAGCUGAUGGUAGCUAUAAGUUAUGACAAGGGCGUGGUCAUAUGCAAAGCUUAUGAUAAGUUAGAUGGCCGUAAUUUUGAAAUUUUAUUGACGAGAACUUUGAAAGCAUGUUUGGCACUGCAGAUAAAAGCCUAA